UUCCCCCCCCAGCCCAACAUGGUGGUUCACGCCGAGCCGCCCCCUGAGCCGGACAUGUCGCGACAGUGGCGACAGUCGGAGCCUCGCCUCGAUCCCGACACUGCCGAAUAUUUCCGGAGGGCCCUGGAGACGCUGGAGGAGGGGCUGAGCGAGGAGGAGCUCGCUCUGUUCGCGCCCAACGUUCUGGGCGAGCUGUCCCGGUGCCUGCCGCCCGCGGCGCUGCACCCCGCCGCCUCCCGGCUGCUGCAGCAGCUGCUGCCCCGCGCCCCCCCCGAGACCCUCGCCCCCUUUCUGCUCCAUCUGGGGGGGGUCUCCCGCCACCCGCGGGGGUCCCGCGUGCUCCAGGCCGCCCUGCGCGGGCUCCUGGCGGCGCUGGGGGAGGGGCGGCCGCUGGGGGAGGGGCUGCAGGGGGCGCUGCGGGACCUGGGGGGGGUCCUGGGCCGGGAUUUGGGGGGCUUGGCCCGAGACCCCAACGGCAGCUUCGUGCUCAGGGCCCUGCUGGGGCUGCUCAGCGGCGCCGCCGAGCCAGUCCCUCCCCCCAAGGGGGCGGAGCCAAAGCCAAAGAAGGAGGAGCUAAAGGCAAAGGGGGCGUGGUCACUGCCAGAGGGGGCGGAGCUUCCGGCCUCGUUCCGCCCCCUGCUGGAGGAGCUGGCCCAGGGCCUGGAGCAGCAAAUUCCAGCGCUGCUGCGCCCGGCCUGCGCCAGCCUGUGCCUGCAGGGGGCGCUGCGGGCGCUGCGCCGCAGCCAAUCGCCGUCCUGCGCCCGCUUCUGCCGCGCCCUCAUUGGCUGCCUCAGCCAGGACUGCCCCGCCCACCAGCAGAGCCCUUUGCUGACAUCACUGCAGGACCCCGACCGGUCCCGCCUCCUGGAGGCGGCCAUGACAGUCCUGGACCCCCCGGGGCUCCGGGAGCUCUUCCGGGGUCACCUGCGGGGUCACCUGAGGGGCGUGGCCUCCCACCGAGUGGCCAAUCACGGCCUGCAGAGGCUCCUGGACCACGCCCCCGAGGAUGUGGUGUCGGAGGUGCUGUCGGAGCUGGGCCCCGCCCUGGGGGAGCCGCUGGCCCGGGGCCACCCCGGGGUGCUGCUGGCGCUGCUGGGGGCGGCGCUGCGGCACCCCCGGCUCCAGGGGGAGGCGCUCAGGAGCCUCUUCCAGGCUUUGCGCUGCUGGGCCCCGCCCCACCACCCCCAUUGCGUCACCGCCCUGGCCCAGCUCCGCCCCCUGGAGGGCGGAGACAGCGACAAGGGGGCGGAGCCUGAGCCCCUCCCCCCCUCCCCGCCGGGUUCCCGCGCUCUGCAGCUGCUCCUGCACUUCCGGGACCCCUCCCCCAUCCUGGCCGCGCUGAGGGCGCUGCCCCGCCCGGCCCUGAGGGCGCUGGCGCGGAGCGGCCCCGGCAGCCGCGUGUGGGACGCGAUCCUGGCCUCAAAAACCGUCCCAAAAACCGACAAAAAACGCCUCCUGAAACGCCUCAAGGGGCACUGGGCAGCGCUGGCCACGGACCGGAGCGGGAGCCGAGUGCUGGACGCGGCCUGGGCCUGCAGCCCCCUGCAACAGAGGGUCCAGAUCGCCUCUGAAUUGGCCCCGCACCUGCCCCGGCUGCUGCGGGAGCCCCUCGGCCGCGGCGUCGCCCGGAGCCUCAGCCUGGAGCUCUUCCAAAGGAACCGCCCCCAGUGGGAGGGGCUUCACAAGGGGCGGGGCUUGCCGCUCUGACCACGCCCCCAAGCACCACGGACCGCCCCUAGCCCCGCCC